AGGAAAGCCUUUGUUUCACCCCGCUGGUAAGGACGUAGGAAGAGGAAAAUCAAAGCACCAGACGGGGGUCACCAACAAAGAAUUUUUCUACACACGUCGUGAGGACUGCACGUCGACCAGUGAUGGAAAAGGAAAUGGCAACAGUGAUCUUUUCCUUUGCGGCGAAAAGGAAAAUUCGACCGGAGCAGUGGUUCCUGCUGUGGUGACAGCAGGCAAGGACUGCGCGUAUAACGUGAACCAUCCCGCGAAUUACUCAGUGCGGACGAAACUACAAAAUGCUAUUAGCAACCAGUCUCAGUCAAAGGGAGAACUCCAGGCGGGAGAUGGUUCUGAAG